AUGCCCCCGAAACGAAAAACACUCACCGAAUCAUUAGAGCAAAGCGAAGCUCAUGAAGACGCACCGCAAAAACCGCCACCGUCGUUCGGUGGCGCGCUCUCAAAGUUCGUUUUCUCCACCACCACCACUGCCGGCGGCGAUGGUGGAAGCGGCAGAACAACACGGAGCUCCACGAGAACUGUAUCCACCGCCCGAGUAGUCGCCGCUCGGCCCAAGCCCGCCGCCAAACCCGCCAAACCCGCGGCCGCCACCGCCACCGCCGCCGAAAAACCCAAAGACGAAGACACCGCCGCCGGCAGCACCAAAAAGAAGAAGAAGCGGCGCGCGCCCUCCGUCUACGCCCCGCCCUCAACGUACGCGCACCUCUCGCCCAUCCCCGACGCACUCGCACCGAACCUGAUCGUGCUCUUCAUCGGCAUCAACCCGGGUCUCACCUCCGCCGCGACGGGGCACGCCUUCGCCGCGCCCACCAACCUGUUCUACCGGCUGCUGCACGCCUCCGGGUGCACGCCUGACCGGCGGGUGGCGGCAUGCGAGGACCAGGGGCUGCCGGGGAGGUAUGGGCUGGGGCACACGAACCUUGUUGGGCGGGCGUCGCGGGACGCGGGGGAGCUGUCGCGGGCGGAGAUGGUGGCGGGGGUGGCGGAGCUGCGGGAAAAGGUGCGCAGGUGGGGGCCUGAGGCGGUGUGUUUUGUGGGGAAGGUGGUGUGGGAGACGGUGGUGAGGGAGGGGACGGGGAGGGGGGUGGGGAAGAUGUGGGAGUGGGGGUGGCAGGAGGGGGCGGCGGCGGAGGGGUGGAGGGUGGGGUGUAGGGUGUUUGUGGUGCCGAGUACGAGUGGGUUGGUGGCGGGGUAUAGUUGGGAGUUUAAGAGGGAGCUGUGGACAGUGCUGGGGGACUGGGUGCAGGAGAGGAGGAGGGUGAGGGGGAAGGUGGUGGCGCUGAAGACCGAGGAGGAGGAAUAG